AUGUCGCUCGAUGCGGGACAAUUUACUCUUUUUGGAAUCCCUGAGGGAUUUUCGUCUGAUCCUGUUUUCUCUGACACCGAUAGUCCGAGUGAUGAAGAACCAAACCCUAGUUCAAGCCUAUCAAAUGAAAAAUGUGCUGAAAAGGUGUUUGUUUUCUGUGAAAAGGUUUUGAAAAUAGAUAACCCAAAAUCCCGUAUUAAUAUAAUCAGAGCGCACAGAAUUGGCAAGUUUACCAGUGGAAAAACAAGACCUAUUGUUGCCAAGUUUGACAAUGAUUCAAAAUUUUUGAUUAAAGAUGCGCUUAAAGGUGCUAAACUACAGAUGACUCCGUACAAUGUGACUGAUCAGUACCCGCAAGAAAUUAAGGAUAGACGCAAAGAACUCAUCCCCGUGAUGUUAGAGGCUAGAAAGGCAGUAUUAGAAAAUAAUGAAUUUGACAGUAUGACCUAUAACCUCCCUGUUAGAUUUUCUAUGGACAAGACUGUAAAUUACUCGGGCAAUAAGUUAUUAGAUAUAUGUUUAUGUAGUGACUUAAAAAUCGUUAACGGCCGUAUUGGUGAUGAUGCGGGUGUAGGCAGUUAUACGUUUAUGUCAAACGUUGGGUCCACAGAUACGUUUAGUCAUGUAGGUGGAACUUGGACCUCAUUUGUUUGCCUGGAGAUGACAAAGGUCACAGACAAUUCGUAUUAUUAUUACCAAAAACAUGACCAACUUGAUUCUGGCGGAAGCGGAGACGAGCGUGUCAAAUCAGAUACUGACGGUACCAUUACCGGAAAGUCAAAUAUAUGUGGUUCAACUGCUGUACCAACUGCUGAAUUUCAUUUCAUGGUCAAAUCAGGGUCGGAAUCAGCAUCAAAUCAAUAUUGUUCCCCUUCUCUCCUGGCUAAGAUGGACUACACACUUGAUACGCUAGGUGUGGAAACUUGUGCCGGCACGGUUGAUUACUGGGACGUUUGUACUAACAGAACAACAAUGACAUUUAAUUAUACUACAUGUCCAUCUGAGAUGCUUUAUUCAAGUGGUGGAGAAGUUUAUUGUAUGGCUAACCUAACAUCAACAUACGAAUAUACCGUGGUCUAUAAUACGGACGCCUCACCGACAUACAGAUUUGCAUGUAUUGUUUCGAACAGUGCAGGAACGGAGGCGUCAAUAGUGUAUAAGAAUUGUACAAUAGAUCAGACACCGACAACUAAUGCUAAACAACAUGAUGGAACAAACAUUGGUGCUCUUGUCACUAUGGAAGCGAAAG